GUCUGUCGGGCACGGAACGUCUCCAUUGGCCCUGCUGACGCUGCCUGAGGCUGCCUGACCCGGUCAGUACUGUGACCCAGGUUUGUCCUUCGCCAUAUUCUGGACCCAUCCGCCGAACGGCACAGACACGCUCCUCCGCUCCUCCGACCACGGUGCCUCUCCCACUCCCUGUGCUUUGUCGCGACAAACAUGCGGAAGCGAGAGGCCCGCGCGAGCAUACGGUCUGCGCGGAUCGUCGGUCACUCAUGGUGCACAAAUUACGCCGAUGUCGCUGCAGGACGUACUCGCGCUUCCGAUGCGGGAUACAAGACGAUUCCCGCGCACUGCAAAGUAGCCGCUUCUCCUUGUUUAUAGACGUAAAUGAUUACACCGUGAUCAGAAUCUCCAUCUCCAUAAUUCAGCGUCAUUGGCUAGGCAGCUAUAAGUCCUCGCCCUUUCUAUGGCGCGUGUAGCCCCCUCGCCGCCGAACCCUCCCCCUGCUCAGCGCGGUCAUGGCGUCCCUCAAGGCCGGUUCCUCCAGCGAUUCCGCGCACGGUGAGGCCGCGAGACACCUUUUCGACGAUGCAGACGUCGGAAACAGCCAUGGCGCCCUCGAGGACCAAAAGUUCGAGUACGAGGACGCGCCCCAGCGCAUUACGCCCCUGCCGAGGGCCCAGCUGGCUACGCUCUGUGCCAUUCGACUGGUCGACCCGAUUGCCUUCACUCAGAUUUUCCCUUAUGUCAAUGAGAUGAUGGAACGCCUACACCUGACGAAUGACCCCUCUAAAAUCGGCUUCUACAGCGGAAUGGUCGAGAGCAGCUUUGCUGUCUCGCAACUAUGCUGUAUCUACAACUGGGCCAUGCUCUCUGACAAAAUCGGUCGUCGUCCGGUGGUCUUGACUGGCAUACUGGGCAUCGGCUUAUCGACUAUGCUCCUCGGCACUGCUCACACUCUGGCUGGGAUUCUGCUGGCCCGAUGCGUAGCCGGCAUCUUCUCCGGCAACAUUGCCGUCAUCCACUCUGUGCUUGGAGAACUCACCGACUCGACCAACCAGGCGAUAGCCUUCCCUAUUUACGGUCUGUUCUGGCCCCUUGGUGCCAUCAUCGGUCCCCUACUAGGCGGCACCUUCUCCAAUCCCGCAGAGCGUUUUCCGGAUCUAUUCGACUAUGACUUCCUCAGAGAGUACCCCUACUUCCUGCCAUGCUUCGUCGCAGGUUGCCUCUCCGUCUGUGGAGCGCUCCUCGUGUACCUCUUCCUCGAGGAGACGCUGCCCAGCAAAUGCAACCGGGGGGACUACGUACCGAUGCGGCAUGUCGGGUCUGAGCACAGGAGCGCCGAUCCUGAGAAGCCGCCACAAACAGCGGGCAUCCGGUAUCUACUGUCAAUCCCGCUGAUUAAAGCGCUCUGCCUCAGUGGAUUCGCCCUCGCUUUCCUCAACACCGGCUUCGACGUAACCUUCGUGCUCUUCUCCUACUCCGCCGUAGAGCGCGGCGGACUCAACUUCCAGACGCACCAGAUCGGCUAUGCGCUCGCGAUGUCCGGCGUCGCGUCCGUGCUGCUCCAGCUGCUCUUCAUGCCGUACCUCCUCAAGCGCUUCGACCACGCGCGGAUGUACAAUGUCUUCAUGGCGAUCUGGCCCUUCUGCUACGUGCUCAUGCCCGGGCUGAACAUCAUUGCGCGCGCGGGCCUCGAUGAGGCGACGGGCGAGGUGAGCGAUGCGGCGAAGGCGUUCAUAUGGAUGGGCAUCGCCGGCUUGUUGUUGACGGCGAGGACGGCUUGUUUGGCGUAUUCUGUGAGCAUGAUCCUCGUCAAAGAGGCAGCUCCUGACCCGUCGGCACUCGGCUCGACUAACGGUCUCUGCCAAUUCUUCAUGUGCUUUGCGCGCUCCUUCGCCCCCGCGUUCACGAGCUCGCUCUUCGCCUUCUCCAACGGCUUCGACUCUUUCCUCCUGCGGUACCUCUGGGUGCUCGUCAUGGCCGUCGUCUCCUUUCUCGGCACGACGCUCUCGCGGCGGAUCGCAGAGGGCCGCCGUGCGCGCCCCAGCCCCAAGUAACUCCUCCCUGCAUCCGCGUCACCUCAUCUUUCCUUUCGCCGGCGUUGCGGCCACAGGUAGACUCCCUUUCUCUCCUAUCUGGACCGGUAGAAGAGCGCAGUCCCCCCCCCUACUUCCCCCCUUUCCACCAUACCUGAUGAUAGACAACAUCAACGAUUGAUUCCUCAUCACUUCACCCUCGCAUCUGUAGACGAUGUGCACGCAUGUUCCGAUUACAUCUCAUUCUUGUCGUCUGUUGUCGUCUGUCGAAGUCCUUCCUCUGUUGUAUUAGAGCAGUUGCUGUCGAGUAAAUCAAUGUAUGUAGCAGUUCCGUGUUGUGUGAUUUAUCUGAGGGAGAGGCCAUUGCCGACACUAACGAGUUCA